AUGGAGUCGGAGGGCAAAGAACCGCCGUCAGUAGCUGCUGCGGAGGCAAAGGCGGAGGCGGCCGGGUGCGGCGAGUUCAGGAAGAAAAUGAAAGUGUUGGCGGCGGUGGAUGAGAGCGAGGGCAGCCUGCACGCACUCUCCUGGGCGCUCGACAACCUCUUCCCGUCCAGCUCCGGUGACUCGCCAGCGGCGGCUUCCCUCGGCAGACUCAUCCUCCUCCACGCGCAGCAGCCGCUGCAGCACUUCAUGCAUCCCGUCGGACCAUCGAUCUACGCCACGUCGUCGGUGUUCGAAUCCGUGAGGAAGGCACAGGAGGAGAACUCACACCAUCUGCUGGAACGAGCAGCUCGACUCUGCAGCAGCAAAGCUCCGCUCGUGAAAACAGAGACCGUGAUCGCGGAGGGUGAUCCGAAAGAGACGAUAUGCCAGGUGGCGGAGCAAAUGGACGUUGAUCUCCUCGUCGUAGGAAGCCGUGGCUUAAGCAAAAUCAAAAGGGCCAUCUUAGGGAGUGCGAGUGAUUACUGUGCUCAUCAUGCCAAAUGCCCAGUGCUGAUCGUGAAGCCACCAAAGGGGAAUAACUGA